AUGGCGGUGGACGGGUCCAAUUCGGUCCCGGUCGCGGGCUCAUCCGAACCAUCACAAGGCACGGAGCCGGACGUGCACGGCGGUGUGGCCCAGUCUCCCGCUCCGUGUCUCAUGUCGUUGCCAUCAGAGAUUAUAUCCGACAUCGUGGACUACGCGGCUAUCACGAAGUCGUCCGAGAGCUCCGAGAGCGAUGUCAGCGUCGUCAAAGCCCUGCGUCUCACUUGCAAGCGCCUGCGUGACUUGAGCUCCUCGCUGCUUGUCCGUAGGGUCAAGAUCUCCCUGAAUCCCGAUUCUCUCGCGCGCCUAGACGCCAUCUCCAACAGCCCAGCGAUCGCGGCAGGCGUAAAACGUGCCCACGUGGCGCUCGCCUAUUUCCCCAAACACCUUGCCGAUUCUCUUCCGGAAUUCAUCAAGUUUCAACGAGACUGCCUCGAUCGGAGGCGAGAAAGACUAGCGGCCUAUGCUCAAUUCGAUAGCGGUCCCUCGAACCUCGAAGAGCUUCUCGACCUGCAUAUCGAUGAGCUCAGAGCGGUCGGGUUCUCAGGGCCACUCAAGCCCAAGUAUCGCACGCUCAUGGGAAAUGCACACGAAGAGUUCAAGAAGCGUCAGAAGGCGCAAGAGGAGGCCUGCGGCAAGGGCUACGAUCACCUUGCCAAAACAAUCGCCACAUGUUUGGCCCGUAUGCCCAACCUCUGGGGCCUCGAAUUUAGUGAUGAGGACUUCAAUCAUCUCUGGACAGAAGACUACAAGGGCAACGACGUCGGUCUUUACAACCACAUGGUCUCUCCAAUUCGCUGGGAGAAGAUCAAAAGUCGCCGGGGACAGGAACCGCCUCCCCUCGAGUUGGUGAUUGCACUUCCAACAGCACUCGGUAAAGCUGGCGUCCGGCUCGAGUUGUUUUCCAUGGUCCUCACUUCUUGUGAUCAUCAAUGCUACGCUGUUCUCCAGCCUAGCAAAGCCGCCGCGAAAGAGCUCAACAAGUUUGGUAGCAGCCUGCGCCAAGUGCAGGUCGCCUUGAACGAUGUCAUCACCGACAUGAAGUCUUACGUUCAUCCCCCGCAGUUGAUGAUCAAUAACGAAAACAAGGGGGAAUCGACGCGGGUGGCCGCCUUCCUCAACGCCAUGUUUGCGGAUAUGGACGACCUCGAAACCCUGGUUCUGGGAGCCAGCUCUUUCAAGAGGUACAACAUGCUCGAGUUGAUGGAACCGCGUUUCUGGCCCGCGCUGACAACUCUUCUGAACGUCAAACCUUGGCCGAAACUGAGGAUCCUGGACUUGCACGAUGUGGUCAUCGGCUCGGCUCGGCUGAGAGAGCUGCUCGGCGAUCGUCAGGCUACCUUGAAGGUACGACUGAAAUGCCUUUGCCUGCUCCAAGGCGAUUGGCACGACACAGUUGAUAUGCUGCGCAACGUGUCGAAUCCGGCAAGAGAAGGAGCUGCCCCCGUCUUCGUCGAGUGCUUCGUCUAUCCGAACGGGCCUCAAUGGUACAUGCUCGACGAUACCAAGCGACGACGUAUUUUCGGCGACGAGAACAACGUUGAAGGUUACCUCAACGACGAUUACUCUCCGACCCUAUCGUACAUUCGAUGGAAGUCACUGGAAAACCCAGUGCCCGCCGGAACAGGCGCGGUUCAAUCAGUGCAAGCGGAUCACGAUGCAGAAGACGGGGACGACCAAGACCCUGGCAAUGAAGACGACUGGGUCACUGAUGACUCGGCCGAUGAUGACAUGGACCCAGCGCAGAGGCGCUUCGUGCAAGCCCUGCUGGAGCAAAUGGCCGAAGGUUUGGAAGGUCACGCACAAGCCCUUUACGAGGAACGCCUACGUGAGAACAUGGGCCCCGGCCACGAUUCCGAGGAUAUGGAUUAUGGUAUGGACGCCAUGGCUGAGUAA